AUGAGUAUAAAUACUCGUAGAGGGCCAAUUUUCGAUCCAGGGGUGUGUAGAUGUUGUGGAGCUAUUAAAAAGUGUCGUCUUUUAAACGUCGAAUACGAAUGGCAGGGACAAAAGGAGAUAUAUUCAGACAUGUUCGUGGAUUGUUAUGGUUUACUGGUGUAUUUUGAAAAACCACAAACACCGAUAAGGAAAAUCAACAUCGACAUAACAGACAAUCCGAUCAAGAAGAAGGAAAAAUUAAACACGAAGAAAAGAAAGAGACUCAUUAAAAUUAAAUUAGAUGAUAAAAAUGAUAACGGACCUAUAUUCAAACGAAAGAAGAGAAAACCACACUUCCUAACCGAAAAAUCAUUUUUAAACGUAAUAACAGUCGUUGAAAAUUCUUACGCAUAUCCUUUUAACUCUUUCUUCAAUAAUUACUAUUGCGCUUACUGCAGGAAGAAAUUCGUUGACUGUACGAAACUUCGAGAACAUUCGCUAACUCACGAUCCAACUACAUACAAGGGUAUCCUUACCAAUAUACUUAAAAUACGCGAAAAUAGAAAAUGUCAAAUCGAUUUAUACAGAAUAGAUUGUAGACUAUGCGAUAUAAAUAUCGAUAACUUAGACAUUUUUAAAAACCACGUAUCAACUGUCCACGGAAAAAUUGUAUAUUCAGAAGAAAACGAUUUUUUGAAAUUCUACUUAACGCCAACCAAUUUGAAGUGCACAGAGUGCAAUAGUACGUUCAACGCUUUUCACCCUUUGAGGAAACACAUGGCGGAACAUUUCGGCACUUGUAUUUGCGAAAUUUGUGGUGCGCAUUACUUCGAGGAACGUAUGCUGACUGCUCACAUGAAGAGCCACCAGGAAUCAGACAUGCGUUCUGCGUUCUCUUGCAAGCUUUGCGCAAAAUCUUUUAAAGCGAAGUACAAUUUGAAAAUACACGUCGCACGCUUACAUACGAAGGAAUCUGCAUAUCUUUGCGUCGCUUGUGACGCUUCUUUCUUCUCGAACACAUUGUGUCAGAAGCACAUGGUAAAUGUACACGGAGAAGACUGCACCUUCAAAUGUGAUCAGUGCGACAAAGUCUGUAUCAAUAAGAAUACUCUCCGAGAUCAUUAUAAAAGGAUACAUUUAAAAAUACUCAAGCACGAGUGCAAUUUGUGUGAAAAGAGAUUUUAUUUGCCGAGUAGGUUGAAGGAACACAUGACCACUCAUACUGGGGAGCGGAAUUUUAGAUGCGAACAAUGUGGAAAGAGUUAUACUAGGUUGAGGGCCUUGAACACACACAUGCAAUCGCAUCUGACUGUUAAGAAAUAUAAGUGCACAAUGUGUAGCGCGUCGUUCGGUCAAAAUGUCUGUCUCAAGAACCAUAUAAAGCGGCAACACCAGCAGGACAAGUCAGAGUAGAGUAUUCUCGGAUUUAUUAUUUAUUAUUUAGUUUAAGAUAUUAAAUUAUUGUAUAUUGUUUCAAUGA